GUCUAAAGAAAAGGACGAGAGAAGCGAGACGAAGCCGUCCGAAGUGGAUGCCGUAGUUUCCCAAAGAAAGAGUUAAAAGUCACAAUCACAUGGCCCUUUAAUUUGUUUUGUCAAUGUCAUUAUCAACAAAUAACACCCCUUUUAAGUUGGACUCUGCUACCUAGGAACAAGUGCUCAUAAUCAUCAUCAUCAUCAUCAUUAUCCACCAAUAAAUAAUAGCAUUAACAUUCAAGAGAAUUUAGUAAGAAAGAAAGGAAAUGGCGGAUUGGGGGCCUGUUCUAAUUGCGGUGGUGCUGUUCGUGUUGCUCAUGCCGGGACUGCUGUGUCAGGUGCCUGGGAACAGUAGAGCAGUCGAUUUCUGCAACAGGCAGACUAGUGGCCUUUCCAUCUUUGUUCACUCCAUUGUCUUUUUUGGACUCAUUGUUAUCUUUUUUAUUGCUAUUGGUGUUCAUAUCUAUAUUGGUUAAUAUUUCUUUUUAUUCUCAUAUCUCAUAAUAUUAUGAUUUUUGUUCUUUAUUAGUAUUGUUA